AAUCUGAAGUGUCAAAUUAUUGACAAGUUAAUAAAAAAAACUUUCAACUUUAUGGCGGAAUUCAAAAUUUUCAGUGAAAAAUUAAUGUAGAUAUUUACAGAUAUUUACGAAAAUUCUUAGUAUAAAUGAUUUUACGGAUAAAACCUUUCGUGGGACCCGAACAAGUCAUAGAAAUCGAGCCUAGCGAUACCAUCGAUGUUUUGAAAGAAAAACUAGCCGAAACUGAAGGCACAGACGUUGAGCAGCAAAGACUAAGCUACAAAGGAAAAAAACUUAAGGGAAACAAAACCAUCGAAAGCUAUCGUUUAAAGAAUGGAGCUACGUUACAACUAGUUAAAGCACUCAGAAGUCAUUGAUUCAUAACAUAAUAACAUAACCUAUUUCAUUAAUUAUAAAGAAACCUCCAAAACAAUGAUUGUCGCACUGUUUUGGUUCAUUUUAACUAUAAUGUACCUAUAUUAUCUCACUGCCACGACACUACACGAAUAGAACAUAAAUAACCUAACCCCGGUCAAUUAGAAAACUAGAUUUGUUUGUCAAACGACAGGAAGUGUCAAAGAAAUCAUGACAGAUGUCUAACAAAGUCGAAAUUCUUGUUGAAAAGGAAACCAAAUGCGAUAGGGACGAAGAACAAACUCGUAUAAUUUUUCUGGAUUGAAUUCAAUGAUAUUAAAGGUUGUUACCUUGACAGGAGAUGAACGAAUGAUAGAUGUAGAACCAUCGGACAAAAUAAUAGUUCUCAAAGAAAAAUUAGAAGAAAAAGAGGGCAUUCCCCCGCAACAGCAACGUCUGAUAUUUCAGGGCAAGCAACUGAAAGACGACAAGGCGAUCAGCAGCUACAAACUAAAGCCGGGUGCCGUACUGCAUCUUGUUGUGGCUUUGAGAGGUGGCGAAGACAACAACAACAACAAUAUUUACAUAACAAACAGUUUCUGUAAAAUGUAAAAAUAUAAAAAUGUAAAUAUUAAAAACCAA